AGUUCUACUCUCUCUCGCACCAUUUACCAACCCAAACAUUCCAUAACCAGCGAAGAAGGAUUCUUCUACACACGUUAUACCCUCUCUCUCUCUGCUCUCUCUCUCUGAAAAAAAAUAAAAAUGGAAAUGGAAGAAGAAUCUCAGUGUUUGAAAAUCAACGCCGAAGAAGACUUCUACGAGAAGAUCGAGGCGCCGAAGUUCGUGGACCUUAACGCUCCUGAUCAGUACCAGCCUGGCGAUGACCGAUACUGGUUCUGCUUGCGUGUUGGAUGUGAUCAAAAGCAUGAAGAAGAAAUGGAUUCUGAAGCAAUCUACAAAAAUUUUGUUCUUCGGGUUAUGGCUGCAAGGAGUCCCAACAUACGGCUUCGGAAAGCAUUGUACAGAAAGGAUUCAGGUGCCAAUAUCAAAUGUCCCCAGACAGUUCCAGCAAAAUCUUCGAAACCUCGAGUAUCAAGAUUGGCCCUGAUUUCCUCAAUAUCUAAAAAAAUGGUCGAUCAAAAAGUGAAAGUCAAACCUCUUGCUAAGCGAAAUGCAACUCCAAAUGUGAGGGAAAAGCAGUCUUCUGUUGCAUCCAAGGCUCUGACUACUCCAAGGAACAAAAAGCGACUGUCAAAUCCUGAUGCAUUUCGGAGUGUUAGGAACCCAAAGGCAAUGGACAUUGCAAAUGGUAGAGUGGUAGCAAAGGCAUUAUUUCGUUCACCUGAUAAGUCAGUGAGCACAAAAACUUUAAUAGAAUUGGAUACAACUGUCAAGAAAAUAUGUGCAGGUGUGAAGAAGUUUGAGGUCACUGAUGGAAAGAAGCAUGCUAAUACACCACUGCCUUCAAAUGCUCUAAGAAAACAACCGCGAGGACGAGAGGUUAAAAGCAGAGUUUAUGAUGGGCCGCUUUCCCGAAAUUGUAAGGGAAAAAAUUUAAAGCAGUAUCAUGGUCAUAUGCCUCAAAAAGGGGCUGGAAAUAAUUUCAGUGACAUGGAGAUUCAGGAGAAAUCAAGAAAUGGUACUCUGGGAGUCUGCUCUACUGCUAAAUGUGAUGAAGGAAAUAAUCCACAUGAAGCUUUGUCAGAUGCCAACGAAAAUACCCAGUCAAAUUAUGAAGAGGGGUGCUCGGGAGAAAAUGACGUUCCCAAACUUCUGGCUUCAAGUGAAGAGGGCAAUGAGACCAGUGAAAGACAUGGUGAAGAAGAAGAAAUGAACUCGAGUUUGGAUAAGGGCACUGGUGGAAUCAUGGAAAGUAAUGAUAGAAAACAUAUUUUGAUAUCAGAUGACAAGGAAAAUGAUAGUGAAGCCAUGGAGAGCGACAAUAAGGAAAAUGCUUCGGCCUCUGACGAUAACAGAGACAUGGAUCUUAAUACCGGCCACUUGAAAAGACAAACCCUUGGCAAGCAUGAGAGUGUGAAGAGCACACAAAUGAUAGCCAAAGCAAUGAGGAAGCCAUCUAAAGAGAACUUCGUUACUGACGCUACUGGUGUUCAAGGACUGAAACAUGGAAAACCUAAGCCUACAAAUCCCAAGCCUUUUCGGCUAAGAACUGAUGAAAGAGGGAUUCUCAAGGAAGCAACCUUGGAGAAGAAGCUUCACGCUGCUCCACUGAAAGAAAUCACAGUUACGAGGUUCCCAGGAGGAAGUUCACAGAAAAAACAGAAGGCAUUGCUAAGAAAUGACAAGAGCCUUGAACAAACUGAAUUAGCUAAUGAUGCUCAGAAAGCAUGUGGAAAGGAAAGAAACACGACGCAGAAGGAACAACAUCAAAAUCAGGCUUCCAUCUUGAAGAACUCUAAGGAAAGAAUGAGACGAAAAUUAUCUUCAGCUCCACAGAGACAUACAGUUUCGUCCCAACAGAAGCUUGUGUCUCCACUGAAGAAAUAUAGUCAUUGUAAGACAACGGCUCAAGAUUUGGGGAAUACCUUGAAAAGGGCCAAAUCACCAUUUGUGAGAAAUGUCGUGAGACCACAAGAGACCUCAUCGACUACAAAAGAAACACUCCCUGUUACUUUACCUGGUCGACUAGGUGUGAUAAAGGAAGAAUCACCAGAAAUCUUGUUGAGACCCAAAGAAGCUGCAAAGCCUAGCAAAAGCGGUGCUUCCCCAGAAACCAAAGCUUCUGCUGUCCCCAGGCAAUCACUACAGGGGAGGAGGUCCACAACUAUUCCAAAGGAACCGAAUUUCCAUUCCAUCCACACUCCAAAGAGCUGCACACGAAGAGUGGCUUAAGUUAUUUUCUAGGAAAACACUCCAGUUUGUCGCUGUUCAAUUCAUCCAUUGAAUUAUUUCUUCUGCUUAAACUGUUCGAGCAAUUCUUUGUUGUUGUUGUUGUUGUCUACAUAUAGCCAAUGAGAGAUCUCGUUCCUGUUCCAUUCAAUCAAAGCGAUGCGAGCGUGUUCCUUCUAAAGGUCCUAUAUUCUCAGUUUUUAUAUAAAAAUAUUGAGUGUUCUUGCUGAGUUGCUGCUGUAUUGUCUAAUUAACCAUCAGAGUACAAUUUUUGCCAACGUUUUGUUU